AUGUUCAUCAGCAGCUACUGGGGGGGUCUUCUCUCUUUCAUCCCUCAGAGCUGGGAGGAGAACCUUAGCUGGGCUACAAGAAAGUUUGGUAAUAAAUCUGUGGUUGCAAUGAAUGGCAGAUUGAUUUGGCAGGCAAUGGUGAGCCACGUGUGGAGAGAGCGAUGCAUGAGGGCUUUUGGUGAUCAGAAGCGGUCUUCGGAGGAUUUGAUUCGGAUUAUUAAGAGCGAAGUUUGUGUUUUGGUGCAGGAUCCUACAGAAUUGGAGACUUUCUGGUCUGCUGGUUCUGGUCCUUCAGAUCUCUUAUCCCCCUGA